AUGCAAUCAACGUCAUCAAGCAUCUACAGCUCAGGGACCAGCACGCACUCCUCCUCCAACGUCUCCUCCACAACAACCUCAACCCACCACCAACGCCCCCAAGGGAGAACAAAACAAACCUUCCCAAUCGCCUACCCCCCGCCCCAAAAAGCGCCUACCUGCCUCCGCCGCUUCACCCCAAACCUUCUCCUCCAGAUCCAGCAACUCUCAACAACAUCGAAUAAGCGCCGGCACAUCCCAAUCCUGGAAGUCUGGCAGCCGUCGAUGUUCAACACACGGGUUGCGAAAAAGGUGCCGAAGUUGGGCGCUGGGGAUGUUUAUGUUACGCAGUGUGAGGGGUUUUUGCAUUUGCGGGCCAACUUGGAGGGGGGCGGGGAUGGUAAGGGGGAGGGGGAGGUAGAACGGAGGGUUGUGGGUGUUGUGGGGAGGGAUGCGCAGGAUGAGGGGAGGAGGAUAAUUUAUUUCGAGGAUGGGGUUGGGUGGGAGGGGAGCAAUUCGGGGGACGGAGUUUAUCGGGUGUCGUUUCGGGAUAAGGUGCUUGAGUGGGAGAAAGAUGGUGGGCAGGGGGAGAAGUUUGUGUUGAGGACUGCGGAUUCUCGACGGGUGAGGGUUGCGAAGAUGAGCAGGACGAGCAUUGAGGUGAACUCGUGGAGUCGGGGGGCCAGGGAGUAUCUUCGGGAUGGGCUUAUUUCGGAGUCUGGGUCGGGGACGAACGAGGAACUAGAUGCGAGGUUAUGUACCCUGAUUCUGACAUCGGGGGUUUGGGUCACCGGUCAGGAAGGCUGGAUCAAUACCUCGUGA